AUGGGAGAAAAAAUGGAGGUGGUGAAGAAGUAUAAAUUCCUUGCUGUUCACCUGGAUGAUAGACUAGAUUUAACAGUUCUAAGAGCCAUGAAGGUCCUUGCUGUGCUCGUCCUGGCCGUUUUCACCGAAUCUUAUUCUUUUCUCCAUCCAACAGGCUGUAAUGCCAACCUCUUCUAUGCUGAUGCACCAAAGCCUCAGCUGGAAGUGCUGACUGAUGCUUUCUGGGACUAUGUUGGCAAAGCCACCCAAACAGCCGAUGACACCCUUCAGAUGAUCAAAAAGUCCCAGUUUGGCCAGGAUAUCAGUGCCCGUCUAACAGAGAGCACUGAAGCAGCCAGCCAGUAUGCAGUCACCCUGCAGGAGCAGCUCCCACCUAGAGCCCAGCAAUUGAUCAACAAAGUCACUGCCGAGGCUGAAAUCCUGAGAGAUCGCUUGAAUACCGAUCUGAACAACGCUCGGGAGAAGCUGGAACCCUACACUGAGAACCUGAAGUCACAGAUCCAGCAGAGAGUAGAGCAGCUGAAACAGGAGCUGGCCCCCUACACCGACAGUUUGGACACUGAGACCCUGAGGACCACUGUGAUCCAGAAAAGCGAAGAGCUGAAGGUUCAGCUGGAACAAAGCGUGCAGGACCUGCAGACUCAGCUGGGGCCCUACACUGAUGACCUGAAGCAGAAGGUAGACCAGCACCUGGAGGAAUUCAAACAGAAAGUCACUCCCUUGACUGAGAGAGUCCAGGGUGAGCUCACACAGAGAGCCCAGCAGGUAAAGCAAAUGGCUGCCCCAUAUGUGGAUGACCUGAGGGAAAGGCUGGACCCCUAUGCCCAGGACCUCCAGGCCCGUCUUACCUCCCUCUAUGAAUCCUACAUCAAAGCCAAAUAAGUCAAACUCCAGCUGACUUUUAACACAAAGAAACGGCAUCAAAUAAAACAGAAUUCCUUUCUCCCUGGUGCCAGAAACAUGGCAGUACAACAACUUUAAUUUACCUGUCUGAAGAAAACUGUAGUUAUUAUUCCAUAUAUUUACAUUGUCAAACAAAUGUGAUAUGUAACAAAUAUAUGUUGGUCUGUGACCACACAGUGUCCACUUCCUAAUUUAUGAAAAUAAAAAACAAAAGCAAGAGAA